UGGUCAUCUGCUGUACUGUGUCCGCAGUCUCUGGUCAUCUCCUGUACUGUGUCCGCAGUCUCUGGUCAUCUCCUGUACUAUGUCCGCAGUCUCUGGUCAUCCCCUGUACUGUGUCUGCAGUCUCUGGUCAUCUCCUGUACUACGUCAGCAGUCUCUGGUCAUCUCCUGUACUAUGUCUGCAGUCUCUGGUCAUCUCCUGUACUGUGUCCGCAGUCUCUGGUCAUCUCCUGUACUGUGUCCGCAGUCUCUGGUCAUCUCCUGUACUGUGUCCGCAGUCUCUGGUCAUCUCCUGUACUGUGUCCGCAGUCUCUGGUCAUCUCCUGUACUGUGUCCGCAGUCUCUGGUCAUCUCCUGUACUGUGUCCGCAGUCUCUGGUCAUCUCCUGUACUGUGUCCGCAGUCUCUGGUCAUCUCCUGUACUGUGUCCGCAGUCUCUGGUCAUCUCCUGUACUGUGUCCGCAGUCUCUGGUCAUCUCCUGUACUAUGUCUGCAGACCAUUGGUUCAGAAUAUUUUUUUUUCUUGUUUUUCGACUCUA